ACUGUUCAAGUGAAGAUAUAAAGUCCAGGAAGCAGAGGUUGAGCAUUUACCAUCAGGAGACAGAAGGCAGUUCCAUCAGUUCCAUUGGAGAAGGAACGAGAGAGAGGAUCAAGGAAUUAAGAGUUGGAAUGUUAUUGUUUUGGAAUAAAAGCUCUGAGGAAGAGCAUGUCUGUGCCUAAACAACAUAAGCUGCACCACUGCCACACAGGUAUCGCUACCCUCUCCUACACUUUCAAAGUGUUUGAUUUCAAGGAUUCUAAGGUAGGCUUCUACUAUUGCGCUUGACCUCGUUGUAAGAAAAACUAAACAGGGCUAUUCUGUUUUAAAAUGUAACUUUGAUCAAUAUACAAUAUUCAGCUGGUGUCAUAUAAUGUGAGAUUAUAAAUGUUUCCCUUUUUCCCACCCAGGGGCCUCUAUGGAGAUCUGCCAAAGUAAUCCUAGAAACAUGUUCUGGAAUGAGAUUUGAACUGAGCUGACAUUUCAGCCAGCUGACGCUGGGGAUUAGCCCUGUUAAUAAAACAGCUCCCCAGAUUUCUGUUUCUAUAGCAAUGGGUAAAGUGCACUGUGGCAGAUGUGCCAUUUCCUCCUUCUGCCCUGCCUACGUGCUCUCAGAAGACAAACGCUGCACACAGGAGCUUGAGUGUCUGGAGUUCAGCACUAUCCUGUGGCGCUGGGGGAGGCAGCAGCGGAAGAUGAAGCCGGUGAUAGUCGUUCACGGCGGGGCCUGGGCCAUUCCUGACGCGAUGUCAGGAGCGAGCGUGAGAGGGGUGAAGGCCGCAGCCUGGGAGGGCUUCUCCGUCCUGAAGCAGGGGGGAAGCUGCCUGGAUGCAGUGGAACAGGCUGUGAGAGUCAUGGAAGAUGAUCCAGUCUUUGAUGCAGGACAUGGAGCGGUGCUGAAUGCUGAUUGUGAAGUGGAGCUGGAUGCCAUCAUCAUGGAUGGAGAGACUCUGGCUGCUGGAGCAGUCUCCUCCAUCAGGAACAUUUCCAAUCCAGUGACAUUAGCUCGUUCAGUCAUGGAAAAGACAGACCACGUGAUGCUGACAGACAGAGGGGCGGACAGAUUUGCCAACAGCCUCGGCAUGCCCAGAGUGAGCACAGAAGCAUUAGUAACCGAAGAUGAGAGGAGGAAGUGGGAACACUACCAGAAGUAUGCAAAAGGAGUGAAAGAUCUGUUCAAUUCACAAUGGGUACAGGGUCAUGACACCGUUGGAGCUGUGGCCCUGGACUGCAGGGGGAAUGUGGCUUGUGCAACAUCAACUGGAGGGAUCCGAAACAAAAUGGUGGGAAGAGUUGGAGAUUCUCCCAUAAUUGGCUCUGGUGGGUAUGCUGACAAUUUCAGUGGUGCAGCAUCUUGUACUGGGCAUGGAGAAUCCAUUAUGAAAGUAACUCUUGCAAGGCUUAUUCUCUUUCACAUGGAACAAGGUGGCGCUCUUCAGCUUGUUUGUAAACAGGAAGAAGGAGCAGGAAAGCGUGGUCAGACUUCCCGAAACAGAGCGGAUCAGCUCAGCUGUGCGGUCCCCUCUAUACGGCGUGAAUCCAGCGGGUUAUACAGCGGCAUCGGUACCGUUGUGUUUCAGUGACACAGAAGACGCAGAAGUCUCUCAAGUCGCGCUGAGUGUCGAUCUUACCGUCCAGCGAUUGCACACCUGCAAGCAGGAAGCUGGAGGGGCGUAGGCCGGCAGGCGCUCUCCUGGGGAUACCCCAACACGCUGCCUGUCUUACCCCGCCUCCUCUCGGCAUCGUGUCCCCGUCCGCUCUGCGCUUGAGAAGCAAAGCCGUGUGCUUUCAGUUCCACUGAAGCUAGAUCCGAGGCUCUAAAUCCUAGGUCCAGGAGUGUCUGUGGGUCGUGCUGUAGGUGAUGGUCACACGCGUAUUUCUUGCGCAGAAAAGCAAGACAUAACAUGAAAGUAAACAACAUAAACGCUACACACGAGACAUCGCCAUUGAAAGGCGCCAUCUUGCAUAAUGAAACCUGAUGAAGCAGUCAAGUUUUCUUCUUGAAGUAAUUGUUAAUUGAUUCUAAAUCCUGAUAUAGUUAAGAAAACAACCAAAUUCCUAGGUGAUAAUUAGAAGGAUAAACAAACAGUGAAGAAGCAGUAAAUGAAAGUUAAAAAAAUAGAUAAAAUUCAAGACUGGGCAAACACCUGGCAGAUGAUGUAUAAUAUAGACAAGUGUAGGGUUUUGCAUGCGGAUAGUAAAAACAUAAACUAUAAAUAUAAAAAUGGCAAUGGAUGGGGUAGAAGAAGCUUCUUAUGAAAAAGACAGUUGUUUAUGUUGACACAUCAUUUACAUGUUGUACUCAACAAUUAAUGUGUUAUUCUGCAUAUUUUAGCCACAUUCAGUGAUGUUGGUGAGAGAAGAAGACUAGGCUUAACUGCUGACGAGUUCAUCCUAGGUGUUGCUCUAAAGAAUGGAAGGAUAUACUUAGCGUCUUAGUGAAAAUAUACCCAUAAAUACAUUUUCGUGCACCUUUACGAUGGCUUUUUGCUCCUAAUUUUCUUUUCAUGAAAACAUCUUGCAUUUCCACAGGCAAACCUGCAAAGCAGGCAGCCAAAAUCUCCCUGCAGUAUAUGGGAGAGAGAGUCCAGGGAGGAGGUGGAUGUAUCGUCGUGAGCCGCAAUGG